ACUCAACCGAACUUGAAAACUUAAACAAACAGCCGAUUAAACUCUAAAAAACCGAGCUCAGUCGGUGGAACCGCGUUAUUAAUCAGUCGCUUUCGGUGUUUGCUGGGAGGUUUUGUGCUUUUAAUAGCGGUUUAUGUUUAUAAAAGCUGUUAUGGUCGUUCCUCGGGCGUUAGCCUAUUAGCAUAGCAACAGGUAGUGAGAGCUGCACGCGCGCCUGUAAACACGAGCACUGAUGGAUCAAUAAUACAAUCUACUACAGUAAAUACUGUGUUUACUCUGUGUGAGAGGGGUUAUUUCAUUAUUCUGCAUUCUGGAGCACCUAAAAAUGACGCCCGAUCUGUUGAACUUCAAGAAGGGAUGGAUGUCAAAACUGGACGACACUGGAGAGUGGAAGAAGCACUGGUUCGUACUGACGGACGCCGGAUUGAAGUAUUACAGAGACUCUGUAGCAGAGGAGAAGGACGAGCUGGACGGAGAGAUCGAUCUGCGCUCUUGUAUUAAAGUGUCCGAGUUCAACGUGGAGAAAAACUACGGCUUUCAAAUACAGACGGUGGGCGACGUCUUCACUCUGUCAGCCAUGACGGCCGGAAUCAGGAGGAACUGGAUCGAGGUUCUGAGGAAAAACAUCCGACCGAGCAGCUCACCAGAUCUCACACAACUCCCCGACAGCAGCGCUGACAAAGACGCGUCUCAACACCGGCCGGCCCAGCGCCUCGCCAGCCAAUCGGAGCCCUCCCCCGCUCCCAGCCCCGCCCCGCGCAAAUUCGACUACGUGGAGCUCUCUCCGGUAGCCACACCCGCCCCCUCGGCGCCGGCCGACCAGAGAGAGGCGGGGGAGGGCCAGGUCCGCGAGCACGGCCAGGCCCCGGACGAGAGGGUCCGCGCGGGACAGCGCACCUGGACCAGGACGCCCGAGCAGAAGCGGCUGGAGCAGGAUAUCGAGAAGAAGUGGGAGGAGUUCGAGCGGCUGCCGCUGAAGAUGACGACGUCACUUCCUGCGCUGGGGGCGUGGCCGGCGCUGCAGAGGGAGCAGGUGGCGCCCCUGAGGAAGCUGCAGCAGGAGAAGUGUGUGUCAUGCGGUGUGCCGUGUGUGUGUGCGGGUGGAGGCGUGAGCGUGUGUGGGUGUUGCAGCGCGAGUUUGGAGCAGAUGGAGCGGGCGCACCGGCAGGCCCUGGACGAGCUGCAGAGGAGGCACGAACGACAGACGUCCGAGCUGCGCAGGGACAGAGAGAGGGUCCUGAACGAGGAGGUGCAGGCCACCGCGCACGCGAUGGAGGCCCUGAGUAAAGCCCAUAAAGCAGAGCUGGAGCGAGAGGUGCAGAGAGCCAGAACCCUCACGGCACAGACGGCAGGAACUCACUCGCUCACCGACCAGCAUCAACAUGAGCUGCUGUCCCUGAAGAGAGAGCUGGACGGAUUAUCUGACCAGUACUCUCAGAAGUGUCUGGAGCUGAAGCGAGAACAGCAGCAGAACCGAGAGAAGGAACAUCACAUCAGUCUGAAGGCGGAGGAGGUGGAGCAGCUGAGCAGAGAGAAGCAGGAUCUCCAGUCCCGAUUAACGGAGGAGAUCCGACGUGUGCGCAGCUUCAUCACCGGUCAGAAACCAGAGGUCAGCGCUGACGGGGACAAGGAGCGACCGGCCUGUGAACUAGAGGUGCUGCUGAGGGUGAAGAAGAACGAGGUGGAUUAUUUACACAGAGAGGUCAUGUGUUUAAGGAACGAAGUACACUUCCUCAGCACCGAGAAACAGGGUGUGUGUGAGCGAUAUAACGAGGUGUGUGAGGAGCUGAAGGUGAUGAAGGACAGGAGCGACCGGGAGGUUCAAACACUUCAAGAGCAUCUAAAGCUCGCUGUCGCCGCCCUGCAGGAGCAGCAGAUACUACACAACAGCAUCUAACACACACACACACACACACACAGCUGAGAGAAAUGAGCCAUCAGGACCGUGUGCCUUCCAUUUUAGUGCUGUCAGCCAAUCAGAAGCAAAGAUCGGGGGUCAGCCGACCAGUGGAGAUACACUGGGUCGCCCAAAUCUGCGUCUGCACUUUUGUAUCGUGUGUUACUGUUGCAUUUGUUCGUCUUUUAUGAUAGUCGUGUUGUACAGUGUGUGUGAGUGUGUGUGUGUGAUCUGCAAUCAUGAACAAAAACUGGAACAAUAUCUGGACUGAUAGUGAAACACUGGAAAUCAGUGAGCGUGAGCGGACAAUAGAGACUUACACGUGGUAUAAAGUACCACCCCUUACACACCCGGAGCAGCCCUGCACUGCACUUCUGUUUCUGAUACGACUUUCACCCUGCAGCUGUGUGAACAGCUGACUUUACCCACCAGUGGGGGCUUUGGGAGCUGAAAGGUGUGGAGCUGAAUGGGCACAAUGCAUGCCGAGACUUUUUCUCAGGCUAAUAGUGUGGGUGGUUUAGAGUUCUAGAAUGCUCCACCAACUGGAAAGGGUUCCAGAAGUCCUAACUGUGAGGGGUUCCUAAAUGCUCAGGUUAGGUAGACGGUUCUCAGAACAGAACCAGAACAGAACGCUCAGACAAUCAGGAAACAUUUUAAACUCUUUGUUUAAUUGUAAAGGGUUGUACAUUUUUUUUCUUUAGCUGCCUAAUGUGCUAUCGGCCGGCCAGGUACCCACACGGACACGAUUGGCUCUGUCUGAGGGAUUCCACAUUGCUGCUGCAAUAGCGGCCUCUGCUGGCUGAUCCGAGGAACUGCACAGAGAUGAUGAAUAAUGGAGAGCAGUGCGUGAAUCUCCGCACGCCAUCCUGCUCUCCGUGUGAACCCUCGUCAUGCAGGUGAAAAGAAGCGGUUGGGGAGUGUACGCGUCAGAGUGGGCGUGUGUAGUACGGCCCUUCUCGGUCAGAGCAGGAGUGUGCAGCAGUAAACUGGGUAUAUUGGGAGGAAAAAAGUGGGAGAUACAAAAAUAGAAAUAAAAAGUGAUCUAGGUAGAUACUUCAGCUGGGACGGCUUCUAAAAUAUUAAACCAACCAGGAUGGAGCUUUAAAUGCUUGGACAAUCGGAAUAAGUUUUGAAACACUGGUACAAUUUUCAAUGUAAGGUGAUCAGCCAAUCAGAAUAAAGCAAACGAUCCAAUCAGGAAGGAUUUCUGCCAUUGCCAAGAGUCUAGAAAGGGUUGGUGUUCUCACCAACCAGGGAGGGUUUAGACAGCUCAACUAGGACGAGUUCUACCCUGCUUAGUCAACCAGUCUGGAAGAGCUGAGGUUAUAGAACCCCGGACCAGUGGGCAGUGGCCUUCAGGUCUGGUUCUGGACUGGUAACGUACCUGUGAGUCACUUCUGUAAGCCUUCAAUCAACUCCAUACAUGCUACUCCUCAGGUCAUUGAUGCUGCCCUUAGGUAAUGUGUUUGGGUUCCUGUGGGCGGGCGGAGCAGAAGGAGAAUCUGUAAUGUCUCUAAACGCCUCUGUCCUACAACUUCAACAUGCUGUCUGAUUUACACUCAUAAACACGGUCUACACACCAAAGCAGUGCAUUCUGGGUGAGAUCAGCUCUUAUACCAAGUCUUAUGGAACCAGCCACGUUCCAGCUGAGCAGAAGAACAAAACCUGAACAAAGGGGCGUGGUGGGAACGCUAUCGGAGCAGGACUCUUGGAGGGUGUGUACCAGUCCCCCCCCCUCUCUGUGCCACACACAUCAAACACCGAGCGUCACUUUUAUGAGCCAAAAAGUUCUUUUAUUUUUUUUCCUUUAAUCUAGAAAAAAAAUCAACACUGUAUUUUUGAGAAUUUUUUAUAUUUAAAGCUGAAAAAAAAUUUUGUAAUCGUCAAUAAAAUAAAAAAAUUUUGAA